AUGGCCACCUCUGCAGCAGUGUCGUAUCCCGUGUUGCCGGAGAAGCUUCUGAUCAUCUCGCUCAAGAUGUACUUUACGCCUGCCCGCACGCUGCAGUACCUCCGCGACCUGCUCAACCCCGAGAACGAGAUUGUGCUGCCCAAAAACCGGUCAAAGCUGCUACUAGCCCUGAUCCCGGAUUUUUUGACUAUCUACCCUUCUGCAGAGAUCAUUCGCGAGUGGACGGCGAAGCUGCCACAAGGGUCUAACGAGGAUAAGCUGCCGCCUCCGUUUCUGCUUGGUGGUCAAGAUGCCUUUUGGGAUGCUACUGGCGCAUACACGGGUGAGGUCUCGCCGCAGUCUCUGCACGAGAUCGGCGCGUCUAUUGUCGAAUUGGGACAUGCAGAGCGGCGCGCCAUCUUUGGUGAGACGGACGAGAUCACCGCGAAAAAGGCCGCUGCUGCUUCAGCACAGGGAUUGAUUCCGCUCGUGUGCAUUGGCGAAAUCAGUGCUCCGGGGCAGGUUGCAUCGCAGGCGGUUGGGUUGGCUGUGAGUGAAUGCGAGGUGCAGAUUCAGGCUGUCCUGAAAGCUAUUCCGUCGCAUGCCCCUGUUAUCUUUGCGUAUGAGCCUGUCUGGGCAAUCGGUAAACCGGAGCCUGCUGGGGUUGACCAUGUCUCGGCCGUUGUUGCAGGUAUUCGUACCGUUGUAGGGAAGCGGGACGGCGAUGUUAGGGUUUUGUAUGGCGGCAGUGCUGGACCCGGUCUUUGGGGCCAGGGAGGCCUGGGCAAGGCUGUCGAUGGUAUGUUCCUCGGCCGCUUUGCUCAUCAGGUCGACGGAGUGAGGAAAGUCGUAAGAGAGGUGGAAGAAACAUUCUAA